AUGUUAACACCGGGUGCAGAACAAAUUUCUGGUAUUGAUGGUUCUACGAUGAAUGUUGAAGAUAGCUUUAUUACAAAAAUUGUGGCAAAUUCAAUGGAUUUACGAAAAAUUAUUGCAGUUAUAGGUUCAUUUUAUUGGAUUAUUAUGACGAUUUUUAUCGUUCCUUGUGCUGUUGUUGCUACAUUUUUAACAAUACUUUUACCUAUCAUUCUCAUCAAUGUACGAAUUUAUAAUUGGAUUGAUCAUAAGUUAUGUCGAAUGGUGAAUGAUCAUUGGGUGUCUGCUUUAUUAAAUGUUGGUUUAAAUAUUGUCGAAUUUGGUGACGAUAUUUCCGAAGUUGCUAAUAAACGUGUUUUGUUUUUAUCAAAUCAUCUUGGUUUGGCAGAUCAUUUUAUUAUUAUGACUGCUUUACAUAAUAAAGGAACUGUCGUUGAGAAGUAUUUAUGGGUAAUUUUCAACAUCUGGAAAUUAACACCUCUAGGUGCAAUGUGGCUUAUUCACGGUAAUUUUUUCAUUAACGGUGGAUCAUCGAAGCGGGAAAAGCAACUUAAUGAUUUUAAAGAACAUUUAAGAAAAUAUUAUUGGAAGCACGAUUAUGGAUGGCUGAUCAUGUAUCCGGAAGGAUCACGAUUAUUUCUAAUAAAAGAAAAUAACAAACGAUUUGCGGAGAAAAUUGGCCACAAAGUUUAUAAGCAUUGUGCUUUACCUCGAGUAGGAGCUGCUCAUGCUGCUUUGGGUAUCAGUUUAUUUUCAUUAGGCACUUCCGAUGUGGCAUAUUCUGGCCUUGGAAAACCGAUUGAAUAUAUUGUUGAUUGUACUAUUGCAUAUUAUAAAGGUGAUGUGGCAAAUCUAGGACAAUAUUUGAUGGGAGAAUUCCCUCAUGGUGUUUCAACAGUUGGAAUCCACUAUAAAGAAAGUUUUCCAUUUCUAAUUCUUAAGAUGGUUAUUCCUGUGAAAGCUGAAUGGAUUGAUGAAAGUAUUCUCAAAAAAUGGCUUUAUAGCCUAUAUGAAAAGAAGGAUGAGCUGUUGGAUUAUUACUAUAAAAAAAAUUCGUUCCCCGAUCAUGGAAAAACCCGACCCCGUCCUGUAUUUUUCCCAUUUAGUCGUUUUAUUAUCGUAGAAUUUUUCUGGAUUAUCCUUUUUUAUUUUCAUUACAUUUCUUGGAUCAAGCCAUUAUUUAGCUCAUUGCGAUCCGCAAUAUUUUCAUUUUUUUAA